CCUCGCUGUCCGUAAACAGACUGACGGCAACUGACCGGUCGCAGCACGAAAAGAGUAAUUACAUACUUAAAAAAUUAGGAGAAUUACAGGAUUUACAUGCAAUUACUAGCAUGUUUGUAAGUACCUACAACACUGAUUGCUUUUAUAGCCCAUUAUUAACAGUAAGAAAACGUAAUUUGGCAAUCACAGAACGAUAUUAAAUCCAUUCACGACACAAUUCCUACUUAUCUUGCAAAAGGAAUGCGUAUAAAUUCGCUAUGAGAAGUAGUGAAAGGUGGAUGAAAGUAAGGAGUAAAAUCGAAUACCUGGGAGAUAACUAUUUAUUGCCUAGUCGCUGAUAAAUUGUACGAAAAAAGUAUAACGCGUCAUCGAGCGAAACCGCUUUGAAACGCGUAAUCCAUUUGGGUUGAAAUGGAUUGUCUUUCAAAUAAUGAUCCAUUGAUACAAUUCAACGAUUUAAUCAUAAGGGAAUUAAAUAUCACGGUUAUUUUUAUUUAGAAUAUUAAUCUCCGAUGACAUCAUUGCUUUAUUGUGUAUAAAAGAAUGGAAUGAUCGUUUUUGAACGUUUCCAAGUUAUUAUGAAUGAAAUGAAAUGAAAUGAAAUGAAAUGAAAUGAAAUGAAAUGAAAGAACAGAGCAACGAACUUCCUGUUUCCACUGUGAAGCUUUUAACGCUUACGUGGUUUUCGUUUGACGAAAGACUCGCUUAUUAAUUGGAAUAAUAGUCGAGGAAAAGAAGAAAGGAAAAUCGUAGGAUCAUGGAGAAUCCACUGGUUCCGUCAAUGUCACUUUCACGACCUUUCAUUUGAUCGCUUCAGCCCCCUCCACGCGAACUCGCCUUCCUAUGCGGAGAACCGGCUGCAAGACAUAAAUGUAUAAUUUAAAAUGCAUACACUACACGAAGUAUAUAAAGAAACUUUUAAUAUCGACGGCAGUCGUUGAGAUUUUAAGCAUAAGACCAGCUUUACCACGACUUUGUUAUGAAAACUCGUUAGCAACUAAUUGGCAUAGAAUGUUUACAUUUACUGUUGGAUGGAGUAUAUCAUCGAUAAUGACUGUAUGCAGUGGAUGCUGGUCGAGGGAUCUUUAAGGCGAUCGUAGCUCUCCUCGAGCUCCUUUGAUGCGUGGGGAUAACUGGAGCUACCGGUUAAGUCAAGUGUAUCGCAUCGGGACGAAGUAGUACACUGUUUCUUUCCGCAGUGCGUGCAUUGGAUUGAGGCUUCAGAGGAUUGGUAACCGCACGAGAGAACAGAGAAGAACACAUCCUGGAAGUGUAGGAAGGUCUAUCUCGUUCAACGACUGGCCAAUCCAAUCCACACGCAAUAGACAUGAAACUUAAUUACAUUGUGGCUGUGCUAAUAUGGAUAAGAACCGUGACAGCGACAUUGGAAUCCGAUUCACGUGGAAACUGGAGCAACGAAAAGGAAUUGAAUUAUGAGCAAGAAAGGAUCGGCAAUCAAACAAAGGAAGAGAUCAUCGGUGAUGUACAUUCUCCACAUGAAAGGAUCUUCAUCUUGUCUUCUGAAUCAACUGAAUCCAUCAAAGCAGAACGUCCAGAAGAGUUGGAUGUGAAAUUUGCAAACAAGAAUGAGGACAACCAUGAAGUGAAUAAACAACUUGCAAAGCAGCUUGUUCAACCAUAUAUGUUGCCAUUGCCAUUGGAAACUAGAUAUUUUCAACAAGACACCCAUAAUGAAUCAAGAAAAAAUGUAUCAAGAUUAGCAAGAACCAGUCAAAAUAGCCCCAACGAGACAGCCACGGUGGAAUAUAUUCCAUCUAAAGAAAUUCUAGUGCAAGAUUCAACUACGACAUCGAACAACUAUCCUAUACAAGACAAGUUCAACGAUUUGGCGUAUUCGAAUUCAGAGGACCAGGCAGACUUUGAAUACGUGGGAGAGUUUGGGCAACGAGUACGUUCUUCUCCUUCAUUUAGACCCAAGAGCAAUGAGAAUGUUGGACGGGAUCGAUUCAGGCCUUUGGACACGCUUUCCUUAUCCGAAGAUUAUAGAAAACACGAGAGAAAAAAUUCACGUCCUUUCGUAAUCAAGAAACUAAACGCUUCGGAUAGCAUUGCCAAUCUGUACUCUAAAGAUAGACAUCCUGUAGCAUCAGGUAAAGCCUCAGAGUUUCAGAGAGGACCGAAGCCGAAGAAGACCGGAGGAGAAGAAGAAGAAGAAGAAGAAGAAUAUAGCGAUACUAUAGACUAUAACAAGGAGAACGUUGUUUCUUCCAGCAGCAAGGAUACCACUUCGCCGCCUGUGCAACAGGUAUCUUUCGGUAAAUUCACUGGUCCAAUCGUAGUAGCUGAUCUGCCGCAACAAAAGAGAUACUCAUUCGCCACGACAACUGGUUAUACAAUCAUUAACGAUCAACCACAGUCAACUCCAGCAUCGUUGGAAAUAAUCAAGUCAAAAGCAGCAGAGUCUAGCUAUCUAGCAACAUCCUCGGCUGUCUUAAAUCCUCUGCAAGUCGGUGUAGCAAUGAUGAACGUAGGACAGGACAUAAAUUCGGUCAAUGACCCAGUUACUUUCACCAAGGAGUACCUUCGGAACGAGCCUGACCCAUCGCAACUUCCUGUUACCACCGAUAUUGAAAGCAUCAUUCAAAACGACGCCGCCAUUGAUUCAGGAAAUUCCAGUCUCCAGACUGAUCAACUGUCGCAACAGGAAGAAAUAUCAAAAGUGGUGGCAUCGAAUGGUCCCACGCAGUCUGUGGAGAUCCAGAAAUCAGUGGAAGUAUUCCAUACAGCACCUGUACACGAGAUACACUAUCCGUUAGAGUUUGUACCUUAUGUUCAACAAUCGUCAAAUUUCAAGCAACGACAGCAUACUGAUUACAGAAAGCCACAGGGGGGUCAGGAAAAGGAUCAGAGACCCAACGUUUACAAGAAUAACGAGAUACUUGACGAGACUGUGUCCUCUAACAAUCCGGAACGAAGUCGCUACGAGUAUACCGUGAACGAGGAUGACGUUGUUCAAGUGGAUCAGACUGUGGCUCAUUCGACAGACGUUAAGCCUGUGUUCGAUGCUAGAGAACAAUUGGAAGACGUACAAGAUAAUCAGACCGCUGGAAAGUAUUCGAAAAUUCAAAGAAUUCCAGAUACUGUCGUUACAGAAGGUAUCGCUAAGAACGAACAUGACCCAGUAAAAGGCGUACCUUUGUUAAAUACUCAGCCAGUUGGGAUUAUAGAUAACUUGCCAGCUCUAGGCAACAUAGAGAACCCUCAAGCAUCUCAACAAGUACCUGAAAUCUUACUAAUAAAGCCUACAAAUGAACCAUCAACGGAAGUAAGGUUUCUGAUGGCCGUUCCUCAGCAUUACCCUGGGGAGAAGGUUCAUGUCCAUCGCACAGUAAAUGUGGAUGAGAAGAAGGUGCCAUAUCACAUUGAAAAAGUGAUAGAAAAGCAGAUCACGAUCCCUCAACCGUUUCCUGUACAGGUGCCUGUGGACAGGGUAGUAGAGAAACAAAUUCGUAUUCCAUAUCCGGUACACGUGGAGAAGGUGAUCGAGAAGAAGGUGCCUCUUGCUAUUCAAAGGUUUAUCAUACCUUUACCAAUUCACUUCAGGAUUCCACAGCCAGUUCCAAUUCCAGUGGAGAAGGUAGUAGAGAAGUCUGUACCAGUUCCAGUUCCAAUUCCUGUGGAAAAGGUGAUAGAGAAGACUGUGCAUCAUCCUCGACCUCAUCCUCUGGAUAUGGAGAAGAUCAGGCCAUAUCCUUUAGAGACUCCUAAACUGGUUAAGACAGCACCAGCACCGCCAUUAAUUUACAGUGAUGGAAAUUUUCAACAGAUCAGACAGCAGAACUUCCAGGCACCAUUGGGACCAUCUUACGAAAAGAAUCAUUACAAUUCCACGCAAUUUUAUGGAUCAGGUUAUCUGGCUGUAAAUCGCCCCUUCGUUAGGCAAUCGUUGGUACACGCGUUACCAAAGAAGUUUGGAUCUUAUGGGACUCAGUAUCCUCAUUCCCUGGUCUAUUCCUCGUUGAACGGUAAUAAUGGUAAUUUAGUAUUUUAUGGAAGGUCAUUUACAGAGAAGGAUAAAAUUAUGGAUGAAUACGUAGGUCCUGUGCCACGUAAAGUGCAGCUUUCUCUUGGAAUACAGUCCAAGUCGAUCCAAUAUGCACCACCGGAUGUUCAGUCGACGAUGAGGAGAACCAGACAGGAAGGAAAUACUGGCAGCUUUAGGCAGUCGAAGAUGGAGUAUGGAUUUAAGCCUCCUAUGGUGCCUUCUAUUCAAUAUGAUGAACAAACAGCGACUAAAGUUGAAUAGCUUUAUAAAUAUCCACGCAUGGUUGUUUCUUUGUUAAUUAUUGUUGUUGUUGACAAAUCCUUAACUUUGUUCAACACAAUAAUUACACUCUUCCGUGUUACAUUUUCUUCGCAUACUGUAAAUAUAAAAAUACGAAUAUCAAGAAAAAUCUAUUAAUUUGAUAAGUUUUAUACUUAUGUGAUUCUUAUUGACUUAUCUACGUUUUAGAUAGUAAAGACUGAUAUAAUAGCAUAAUGGUAGAAAUGGAUAAAGAAUGUAACUAAUAUUCUAUUUAGAUUUUUCAAAAAAUUCUUACAAAUACCAUUAUAAUUUGAUAUACCGAAUUUAAUUAUCUAUGUUUUUAAGAAUAAUAUUUAAUUAGAGAUUAAUUUCUUAUGAAAAUAUUUGUUACAUUACUUUUACUAUAUUUCCAUAUACAUAUACAAUUAAAUAGAUUUACUUUUGUACUCUUAUUAAGUUAUUUCCAAUAUUCAAUAAAUUUUCUUUUUCAGUUUGUUCAGCCUCCUCGUUUCUUCAAAGCAAACGUAUCUACAAUUAAAAUGAAAAUACACUGAUAAAAUUCAUCGUUUAUUCUCGGACGGUACUUUUUUCAAUUAUUCAAACAAUAUAUUAACAAUAGUCAUUUCGUUGGUUGAAUAAAAAAAUACUGAUGUAAUUAAAAUAAUAUUAGGACAUUUUGGAACCCUGCCCAACGUAAAAUCAAUUUUCAUAUUGGGCAUCAAUUUGCCUGUAUGCAUAGAGAUAUACAUACAUACAUACAUAUAUCUUUUAUUUAUAUUAUGUUAUAUGUUAUAAGAAACAGUGCUGCUCACUUUUUUUCAUUAAUCUGUAAACCUAUGUACAACCCUUCUUAUUUUACAUAAAAAACAAAAAAACAUUACAUUAAAAAAAGAAAACUGUACAGUAGAAACUUGAUUGAAUAAUCACUCUGUGAAACUGUGCCAUUUUGUUGUAACUAAUCAAUCAGAUUAUGUAAUUCUAGCUUAGUUAAUUAGUUAAUUCAAUAUAGUUUAUAUACAAUUAAUUAUAAGGUCAGUGAUGAAAGAAAAGAAAACUGAUGAAAAGUAAAGUUAACAAUCUGUAUAAUUUCAUACGCAACAUACAACAACAAACUGCAGAUUCCAAAAUUACAAUCAAACUUAUUUAAACAUCCUAGCAUGAUUCUUAAAAGUAAUUCCCUUAAUCGUUAUAAUCGAGAUUCUACUGUACUGAAUAGAUUUAAAGGAAAAGAAAAAAAAAAAAAAAAAAAAAAA